GUCUCUUCCCUACUCAAGUGCAGUUGGGGUAUAUAAACUACAGGGCCGAGCAUUUACCCCAAGACCAAUGCAGUGUGAUCACUGUAGAGCUUUUGAACAUGUUUCAGUCAAGUGUUUGCAGAAGGGGAGAUGUGGAAAAUGUUUUAGAAGUGAUGAAAAUGUAACAUGUUGCAAUUGUAGUGGGAACCAUGAAGCUUCUUUGGAAUGCCCGACCAGGGUAGAAGAGAAUUUGGCCAAAAUCCGGGUUUUCCAAAGCAUUUCAUAUGCAGCGGCUGUUAAGUGUUCGAAUGGUACUCCUAAAGACUCCAUGGUGUCAUGGUGGCGGAUAGGCCUUUGCUGCAGGGGUUGAAUUUCACCAACAGGACCUAUAUGUUAAGAAGGUGGACUGUGUGGCCUUCAUAGCUAUGGUGAUUAAUGGCACUACCAAGGUGGAGAGGAAAUUUCAGAAAAUAGAUAUCAUUGUGGAUGCUGCAGAGUGGUUCCCGGGACUGAAAGACUUCUCGGCGGAGGAGUUGCAUGGAGUAUUGUCACCAGCCAUAUCACCCUCUCAGGUCCUAGAGCCUGAGAAGGGGAAAUAUGGAGAUUUGAAAGAAGGAAGUGGGAGUUUUUAGGGCUCUAUUUCACGUUCUUAGAGGAACAGGACUAAUGAGGACAAUUUAAUGUAGUUAGGCCGUGACUGGCCUUACACUCCUAGUACAGUAGGUGGCGAUGUAUGCACCUUGAAAGUUGGAUACGAUCCGCCAACCCAAUCCUGAAGAAGAGAAAGCAAGAGAACCCAGCGUGUUUUUACGCCUAAAAUUAACAAACUCUUAUGACCAAAGUCAGUGUAAUAGAUACAGAAUAGCAACCUCGAGCGUUGCAUGUUUUCUGUCUGUAUUGCUAGAUAAUCACUUGUUAUUGUAACCUUGUCGUUAACUUAUCCAGCAAUCUCAGAAGAAACGCUUUAUUAGCCUAGCUAGCUACAAAGUUGUCUACAAAGUUGGCUUGGGAAGUGAGCUAAAGCUAGCUAGCCAUUCUAAGUAUAAAAAUCGACCUAAAUUCGAACGGGACAAUAUGGCAACUAAGAAGUCAUCUGAAAUGGACAUCUUCCUUUCCUUCUCCUCCCUACGCCUCCUGGCCCCUUCCAUCCGGCUGGUCUCUGCUGCCAUGUGGAAGGUGAUGAAGCAACGAGAUGUGAUGCAUUAUGGGACGCUGGAGGAGUUUGUGACAUCCUGCUGUGAGACUGUCCCUGGCCUGCUCACAUCUAGACACCAGGCCAAGCUGGCUCUGGGGCUGAGAUCACGGCUGAUCUUAGAGCUGUGCAGUGGCUCAGACCCACCAGAUCCAGCGGUUAUCCUUACCCAGCUGGAAAGAAUCCGUGGCCCCAACCCGUCCUCUGCCCUGAAAAAGGAUGUGAAGAUUGAAACAGCAGUGACCAACCUCCGGGACCUGGUUGAAAGCUUUCUGAAAGACCCCACAGAGAGAGAACUAUUCUACAAGGUGGAGUUUCCGUCAGAGUAUGGGCCUCAGUUUGACCAGGAGCUGGAGAAACUGCUGUGGGAGUUCCUGCUCCGACUGGACCAGCUUCUCCCAGUGCCCAACCUGGCUCAGACGGUGUCGUGGCUCACUGCUGCCCCUCCUGUCCUGGAGGAGUGUGCGCAGGCUGCCUCCCAACCCCAGCUCCUGAGGACCCUGCUCCAGCACCAGAUCUGCCUGGGACACCUGGAUUCUGCAGCUUCUCUCUCUCCGUGUAUGGGUGACUACCUCCUCUCAUCACUCUCUCUCCCUCCCUCUGGAAGAGUGCAGCAAAGCGUCAAAUCAAGAUCUAAGCCUGCCUCGGUUUCCACCCCAAGCCCUCUGUCUUUAACCCCAUUAACUGAUUACAGACAAACAAACUUGUCAUUGCCCGUCGCACCUGUGAUUGGCGGGAUUUGCAACGAAGACCAUCCAGUCAUGGCUUCAGCCAAUAAGAGGGCAAGAACUUUCCAGGGAGACGUUGUUAUCCAAUCGGUUUCAAGAGAUGUGGAGGAGGACGCUGAGUCAACGGAGAGGUCAAAAUAUACAUGUGUCAAAAGCAGAGAAGAGGAAUCCGAAGAGGACGGGGAGAUCAUGGUCAUGAGAAGAGGGAGGAAGAGGAGGAGUGUGAGAGACAGAGGGAGUGAAAGAGUGCUCAGGAGAGGGCGUGGGGGGGAGUUUGUUAGAGAUGGAGAGGAGGAUAUGACGAGCGGUAGAGAUGGAGAGACUGAGAGAGACCUUCUUAGGGACUGUUUGGUCCAGUUGGGGAUCGCAAACCUCAAGGUUCCGGAAGACCAUCGCCUCUAUUCUUACAUCACAGCCUGUCUGCUCAACAAACCCAGGGUGCUCAUCCCCCGACUGAUUUCAACAGACAUCCCUGCUCUUUUGAAGUCACAACCUCCUUCCUGCAGCAACAGGACACCAACAGCAGGGGAAGGGAGCUUUCUAUGGGGACAGAGGCCCAAGUUCACGGCGAUAAUGGCAUGUCGGCUUCCUUCGACCUGGCAACGGAAGUUGAGUGACAGGUCAUUGACCCUAGAUAUGGGGCUUCCAGCAUCAGCUGACAAAGAAAAUGUUCACUUCUCCAGUAACCGGUGACACAGGAUGUCAAUGGAUAUUCAGAGGAUGAAGCGACAAAGUAUUUCAAAGGCAGUUUGUUUGUGAAGCCCUACUACAGGUCCAAGCACGACACCUAAGUGCCCAACCCUCAGGGAGUUCUUUAAGCCCGGCAUGGCCCGACGCCACCUGCUGUCUCACGGCAACGGACACAGAUGACACUCAAUAAUUCACACGUCUAUGGCAAAAUCAUUUCUCCUGGUCCCAGAUCUGUUUGUGCUGUUAUGCCAAUUUAUAUGGUCUGUUUAUUAGACAUGGCAAAAUCAUUUCACCAUCCACUGUAAGAAAAUAUUUAAUAGUGACUGACUAGCAGAGUUUUACGAUUCUUUGUAUCUGAUUCACUUUGGAAUAAGCAUUUUUUUAAAACCUGGGUGACUUUUAUUGUGAAGUCAAAAGGAUUGACCUGUCACUAAAACCGCACUACCUGUGUGCUGUAAUACUUGUCAGUUCAAUUGGCCAACACAUUUUCUUUUAGGGGUAAUAGGAAUAUCUUGACAUAUUGAUAACUGAGGAAAAAACUUGCACAAAUUGAGAAGAGUUUUGCUAAUUAGUUUGACUUGUAUAUAAUUAUAGUUCAAUUGUCCUUUUCUAAUAACCAGAUGCAGGAUCUUCAAAAAGCAAAUAAUGAAUCAAAGGGAAAUUUAUGCAUCUGCCAAAUAAUAGUUAUUUUUCACACUUCCAAUGUCUUAGUGUGAAGAACUACAAUUUAAUUGUGUAUAAUAAAUGUAUUUACUAGUUCCUGUAUCUAUAUUUAUGAAGUCCAAUAAUCAAAAGUAUGACGGCGUUAACUCUUGUUUAUUAAGGCAAUGUAGUUAUAGUUCCUAAGGGCUUGAUGGUGGGACAGAGUGUUAACAGACAUUUGGACCUUGCUUGUGAGCUCAAAUGCUUUAGUGUGCUGUGACAGUCUUUGAAGUGUAGUAAUAAUACAUUGUGUUCAUUUGUUAUUAACCCAAUACACUGUAUAGAGCCCACUGAAAAGCAUACCGAGAAUGUCAGUAAUAAUCUCAGCAGUGGUGUCAACACUGUCCACUUCCUGCCUUAGUGUCCUCAUGUCACUACAGUCUUAGAGGAUUCCAUUUCUCUGCAAUGUAGAAUAAAUCUACCUGUCUUACAGUCCAUUCUUACA